AUGGGUGCCCAGGAAGAGGACACCAAGUCCAGCACGAUGGGCGGGGUGCUUCCGGUGGUGGAAGUUGCGUCCCUAGUAGAGAAGGCAAAGUUUUAUACCUCUCUUUGUCUGGGCACCACAGCCAUUCUCGCUGUCUUCGCUUUUCUUUUUUUAAUACCCUUCGUCGUGGAACCAGCGAUUUCGACGAUUUUGGCUGAUUUCUCUCCUCAUGCCGUGGCAUGCGUAGUCACUGAUCACGUUUACGCCGAGGGACUGAAGAAUUGCUCCUGGGCAAGCUGUAGAGAAGGUUGUACCAGCGCGGCACUUCGUUGUCAUCAAAUCAGAGUCAACUACACCAGGUUGACUUAUGAAGAGUUCGUGGCGAAACCAUUGGGCUCCAUCCCAUGGGAUGUUUCAGACACGAAAUUCUUUGUGAACACGGAAGGCUGCGGUUAUCCACCUCGAGUGAAUUGUUCUGAUUUUGCGAAGAAAUUCGGAUACUCUAACAUGGGGAAAAUAUUCCCGUGUUAUUACAGCAGAACACACCCCGAGACUGUCGUUGCAAGGUACUCUUGGGACGAAAAUCUAAGGCACCUAGUGUUAGCCUUGGUAGUGCCUAUAGUUCUCUUUGCAGUGUCUCUAGGUGUAUUGUGCUAUUGGUACUGUCCACCGAUGGGUAAAACUUGCGGAGGACCAGGUCGCAAUCUCAUCGACAAGUACUCCAGGAAGGAAGAGUAAGUAACGUCAUCCUGGGAGAGGACGAGUCCGAGGAAGACGAAGAGGAAUACUGACUGCUACCAAGGGCUCACCCCCCAGCGAGGGAGUGAUGCCGAAGAAACUACUGAGAAUCCUUAGCGUACUUUGCGUUCUAAAAAUCUAAACGAUCCUUCGAAAGCAAUAGAAACGUGUUAGACAAACACUCCAGCAACGAAGACAAGUUCGAUUCGCUCCAAAUUCAGUGCGGCUGACUUAUAUCGAGUCUUACUACUUCCAACCAAUGUUGAGCUAUUUCAAUUUAUUGCACUUAAGCUUAAUGAUUAAAAGAAAAUUGGUGAUAAGCCAUUUGUUAUUUUUAAAUCUUGCUUGGACAUUCCUUCGGUUCUUAAUUAAUUUUAAAUUAAUCAAAAUCGUGCCCUUAUCGUCUAAAAAUCUAUUUUAUAAAAUUUCUCCCGUGAAGAACUGCGAUACAAAUUGAAAUUAAAUUAAGAUUGAUCGAAGUACGCUUGAUCAGUUCCACGGGACCGUAUUUUCCAAGGCGGUAAAUUAAAUUAAACAGAUGUCUACGAUAUUUUUACACAAUGCCACCAAACGAUGAUAGUCUUGUGCGAAUGUCGAACAUGUAAUUAACUCAGCGAGAUUUUCAUACGAACGCAAUAAAAAGAAUUUUUAAACGAUGGAUCGUUCCAGUACGGAGAUAAUAAAUUUUGGUGGGUUCUUCGAGCACGGAGCUCGGUCUCGAUCAUCUAUCAGUAUUCCAAGCGAGGUUCAAAAGAUACGAUAACAAGGUGCGCCUUCCUACAACGUGAUAUAAAUAUUUAAGGGAUAAAUAUUUCGUUAAAUGGCACGUUUUCACGCAGUUCGUAUUAGGAUAAGUGAUGCGCUUGUGUAAGAUGUAUUUGUAAGUCAUAUUUAUCCAGAAAUGGGUAAGAUGACGAUGUAGGUGAAGAAAAAUACAGAGUAAUGUAAAAGGAAAAAAAAGAAAUUGAAGAAUCUUUGUUCGAAACAGGUUCAUAUGUAAUUUGCUUCGAUCAACGUUUCAAGAUAAUUGAAAGAGACACUUUUAUUGUGUUUGAAAUAUCAUUUUACCCAGAUCUGCGUGUAUCUGAGAUGAUGAAAAUGAGGAACAUUGAGAGAAGCCUGUACUUUACGAAAGUAACUGAGAUUCAUAGAAUACUCCAAGAAAAAAAAAGACAAGAAACAAAUCAAAAUCCUGUGCUGGCUCGUGUCAUAGAAAAGUCUGAUUUCACGCUUUUGCUUCAGCUGUCAAAUAUGAUUAUACUUUCUGUUACUUAAAAUGCAAAUCGACAAAUUUAAAUUAAAGUAACUUUACAAAUAAUAAAAAUAUAGAAUGACCUGAUAUUUUCGGCUACAAAAUUAAAUUCGUAUAACUGUAAAAAAUGGAUGAAAAAUGACACGAUUGCCUCCAGGAUCUGUCUUCGCACCAAAAAGAAAAAACACGUAGAUUGUAAGCUUAGCUCGUAAGUUAAGUCUGUGAAUAUACUCGGUUAUCGUAACGAGAUCGAUAUAUAAAGAUUGUUACAAAUUUUUUACGCGGACGCAGCCAGUCGCGUCAUGGUUCUAGUUAGACGACGAUAUAUUUGCAUAAAGGAUGCACGCAUGCACGCGUCGUGCAUAGUAGUUUGUAGCUGUAGAUAUCGGUUUUCUCAGUUCAGUUUUCGAAGGGACGAGCGAUUUGCGUUCCAUAAGCUACGAAACAACGUAAUUCAACGAGAAUAUGCUUAGCGUAUUAAUUAGCAAUAAUUUUCGACCCCAGUUUAAAUAUCCUUCGAAAUUCAAGAAUAAUCAACUAAAAUUUAGUACUAUUAAUAGCGUUAUUAUAAAAAUUAAAGUUGUAGGC